AUGGCCGUCCAACAGGGAAUGUCAGCCCCUGCCCAAGCCGCCCAGAGCCGCCUUCGGCGGCUGCUAGCAAAGCAGACACAAGAUGUGAAGGACUUGGAGGUCGAGCUGCAAGAGCGUGAGGCAGAGCGUGUACACCUGCUGCAGCUCUUGGAAUACAAGGAGCAAAUUCUGCAGCAGGAAUCUUUCGCAGCAGAACGGCUGCGGACAGCAUUGUGCUCUGCCAAGGGCUGCAAGCAGUACUAUCUGAUCCUUUGUGUGCUUCGCUCUUGGAGAGAUGCCGCCCUGCAUGCCAACACCCGCCGGACCUUAAAAAGAGCCAAGGAGCAGAGUGUGGAGGUGGUCCUUCGCCAUGCCUGCAGUGCUUUGGCCAUGGGGUUGAGGCGGGCGACAAGUCGACGGACGGAGGAUGCCAUGCACGAGCUGUGGCUGCAUGCCGCAGCUCAGCGGCUUCAGGUUGCAACUGCCGAGGCUACCGCAAGAGACUUCCCUCCGCCGCUGCCGGUCAAGCAGGAGGCAGCAAAGAGUGGUCACGAAUUGGAUUCGGGCAUCGCCAAUUGGAGCCUGGAGGCCACCGCCUCUGUGCCACGGCACGAAGAGCUCUCCGAGCUCGCGGAGGUCGCAGAGUACGAAGCUCUCGUGGCCCGUCUUCAUUCCGAGCUACGCUGGGAGAGAUCUCGGCGUGAGGCCUGUGACAAGGCCCUGGAGACGCUCCGUGGCUCCUACAGCCUUCUUCUGAGCAGAGCGACUGCCCAUAAAAGUCUCUUCGCCUAG